AUGGAUCGAGUCGGCCGAGGCUUGUUUGAGGGAAGGACACGAACCGACCUGACGCAUCUCCUAGCAGAAGUUAGUAACGCUAUCUUGCUGAAAGAAUUCGCUUCUCUUCAGCAGCAAACAACAGCUGCUGCUCUCCUUCACUCACCACCACCAAACCCCUCGACACACCUCUUUGUCUCUCCUGCACGAUCUGCAUAUCCCCAUCGGCUGCUCGCAUCUUCUGCAACUGCCACCUACUCACUCUCCCUUUCAUCGCGCGCGCCGACAUCGACCAUGGCGGAGCCGGGCGUCGACGACGAUGAUCUCUUCGCUGAUCUCUACGACGGCGACGACGUAGACCAAACCGCAGCCCCCGCCAAGACCGACCCCGAGCCGCAGUCUACCGCCGAUGAUGACUUCAAGCCUGACACCGAGUCGAUGCCUGUCAUCGCCGGUGGCAGCUCGGGCGCAGCAGAUGUGGUGGAUGACUCGGCUUUCAACAACGCGGGGCAUGAUGUAGAGGGAAUGGAGGGAAUGCAAGAUUCCGGUGACUACCACGACUCGAGAACUGAGGAUAGGCCCAUUGGCAUCAAGGAGGACGGGUCGUGGGCAUGA